AUGCCUCCGCGCGCAUCCUCAGCGGUGGGGAGCAGUGUAUUCAACUUGACCGGCCUCCUCCAAAGCUUGCCAUCUGCAGUCCGCAGUCAAGCCUUUACAAAAUGCUCGACAUGUCUAUUUUCGACGACGCCCGCGCUGGAGGCUAAGGCCUCUUCUAGAAAGCGCAAAGCACGACGACAUAUUGACCCAUACCGGUUGGCUCAAGCUCGACAACGCAAGGCUGCCAAUCUAGCCCGACAGAAAGUAUUGAAUGCGGAACGAAAACUGGCACUGGGCGAUCCGGUCCGGUCACGACCGACGCCUUUCAUCGAAUCUUUACAUUCACCUGCUUCGCUAGAGACGGUCAAAGAAUCAUACCUGAAUUACUUGUUAAAACAAGAAGAACUCAAACAAACGUUGGAAUACUCCAGAUGGCUGACUGAGCCUCUCCCUGAGUCGAACCAGCUUCCCGGGGCCAACGACAACCUCGCGGAAAGGAUUAAAGAGCAUGCUGACUCCCACGAGAACGCCACAAAGGCUCUGCUGGCCAUUACAUCAUUGGAGAGCGGGAGCAGCAAAGACCGGACCCGGGCGAACGUGCAGAGGUGUAUAGGGGAGUUCGGGCGUCACAACACAGACAAGCUCCUACCACCGAGACUACUGAGCAAACGGGCCCCAUCGCCGUCUUCGAGCGCUGAGAACGCUGCAGUCGAGAUUCCAAAACGGAUAGGACAAGAUACUGGAUCGCCAGAAGUGCAAAUUGCCAUCCUGACGACGAAAAUCAACGUUCUUGCGGACAACUUGCACAAGAAAGAUAAAAGUAACAAGCGCAACCUGAGGCUUAUGGUACACAAGAGACAGAAGUUGAUGGCGUACUUGAGACGCCGGGAUAGAGGUGGAGCGAGGUGGCAGAACAUCAUGGACAAGCUUGGACUCAACGAUGCCAUGUGGAAGGGGGAGAUUAGCUUGUAA